AUGGCUUCAAAUAAAAGAAAAGAUAUAAUUCAGGAUGAUAGUGAUAAAUUAGUUAUUCGUCCUUUGGGCGCAGGACAAGAAGUCGGUCGAUCUUGUAUCUAUUUAGAAUUCAAAGGCAAAAAAAUACUUCUUGAUUUUGGAAUUCAUCCAGGUUUAUCUGGUCGUGCAGCACUUCCCUUUAUUGAUAAUAUCGAUCCAGAAGAACUCGAUCUAUUACUUGUUAGUCAUUUUCAUCUGGAUCAUUGUGGUGCUCUGCCAUGGUUUUUAAACAAAACUAAUUUCAAAGGUCGAUGUUAUAUGACUCAUGCAACAAAAGCGAUCUACAAAUGGCUCUUAGCCGAUUGUAUUCGUGUCAGUAAUGUAAGUGCAGAAGAAAUGCUCUACACAGAAGCAGAACUCAAUGCCAGUAUGUCACAUAUUGAAACAAUCAACUUUCAUCAAGAAAUCGAAGUGAAUGGAAUCAAAUUUUGGUGUUAUCACGCAGGACAUGUGUUAGGUGCUGCAAUGUUUAUGAUCGAAAUUGCAGGUGUUAAAGAAAUCGAAGUGAAUGGAAUCAAAUUUUGGUGUUAUCACGCAGGACAUGUGUUAGGUGCUGCAAUGUUUAUGAUCGAAAUUGCAGGUGUUAAAAUUUUAUACACAGGAGACUUUUCUCGACAAGAAGAUCGACAUUUAAUGGCAGCAGAAGUUCCAAAUCUUCGACCAGACGUACUUGUUAUUGAAGCCACCCAUGGCAUUCAUGUUCACGAACCUCGGGAACAACGCGAAAAUCGUUUCACACGUCUUGUUCAUGACAUUGUCACAAGAGGUGGCCGAUGUCUUAUCCCUGUAUCUGCUCUUGGUCGUGUGCAAGAACUUCUUCUUAUUCUUGGCGAAUACUGGGCCUCACAUCCUGAACUUCAUGAUUUUCCAAUUUACUAUGCGUCAUCAUUAGCAAAGAAAUGUAUGUCUGUCUAUCAGACGUAUAUUGAUGCAAUGAAUGAUCGAAUUCGUAAACAAAGUGCAGUUUCGAAUCCAUUCAAAUUCAAACACAUUGCCAGUUUAAAAGCAAUUGGUGAUUUUAAGCAUAUUGGCCCUUGUGUUGUGCUGACUACUUCAGGAAUGAUGCAAAGUGGUCUCAGUCGUGAAUUAUUCGAAUGCUGGUGUACAGAUGAACGAAGCGGAGUUAUCAUUACUGGUCAUGCUGCUGAAGGAACACUUGCUAAAAUGGUUCUAUCUAAGCCAGAAGAAAUUACGACAAAAGAUGGAAAAAAAGUGCCACUGAAAUGUUCAGCAGAGUCGAUCUCGUUUUCUGCCCAUACGGACUGCAACCAAACAACCGAUUUUAUUCGAGAACUUCGACCACCACAUGUGAUACUCGUUCAUGGUGAAAGUACAAAAAUGCAUCAAUUACGUUUGCAUUUGAUUCAAACAUUCGAAGAUGAUCCGGAAUGUAAACUGUUGGUUUACACACCCAAAAACACUCAGUCAGUGGAGUUACGGUUUCGUGGUGAGAAAACGGCCAAAGUGGUUGGCCAAUUAGCUGCAGAGAAACCCGUCGAAGGAAAUAUUCUUAGUGGAAUUCUCGUUCGAAGAAACUUCAAGUUACAUAUGAUGGCACCUGAAGAUCUACAAAAUUUCACGACUUUGACGCGAUCGACUGUGACACAACAUCUUGGUAUUCCAUUUACUGCAGCACCCAGAUCAUUAUUUCGGAACUUAUCACAAGUGGCUGGUGAAUUAGAACAAGUAGGUGAUAAACAAAAGCCUGGCAUUCGAGUAUUUGGUGCCAUCAAUAUCUUUCUUGAAAACAAAAUGAUCGUUCUCGAAGAAAUCGAAGUGAAUGGAAUCAAAUUUUGGUGUUAUCACGCAGGACAUGUGUUAGGUGCUGCAAUGUUUAUGAUCGAAAUUGCAGGUGUUAAAAUUUUAUAUACAGGAGACUUUUCUCGACAAGAAGAUCGACAUUUAAUGGCAGCAGAAGUUCCAAAUCUUCGACCAGACGUACUUGUUACCGAAGCAACUUACGGUGUUCAUGUUCACGAACCUCGGGAACAACGUGAAAAUCGUUUCACACGUCUUGUUCACGACAUAGUCACACGAGGUGGCCGAUGUCUUAUUCCUGUAUUUGCGCUUGGUCGGGCACAAGAACUUCUUCUUAUUCUUGACGAAUACUGGGCCUCACAUCCUGAACUUCAUGAUUUUCCAAUUUACUAUGCGUCAUCAUUAGCAAAGAAAUGUAUGUCUGUCUAUCAGACGUAUAUUGAUGCAAUGAAUGAUCGAAUUCGUAAACAAAGUGCAGUUUCGAAUCCAUUCAAAUUCAAACACAUUGCCAGUUUAAAAACUAUCGAUGAUUUCGAUGAUAUUGGUCCUUGUGUUGUGUUAGCUAGUCCAGGAAUGAUGCAAAGUGGUCUCAGUCGUGAAUUAUUCGAAUGCUGGUGUACAGAUAGACGAAAUGGCGUAAUCAUUGCUGGUUAUUGUGUUGAAGGAACACUCGCAAAAAUGAUUUUAUCUGAACCAGAAGAAAUCACAACCAUGGGCGGACAACGACUUCCACUGAAAUGCUCAGUUGAUUAUAUCUCGUUUUCUGCUCAUACGGACUGUAACCAAACAACCGAUUUUAUCCGAGAACUUCGACCACCACAUGUGAUACUCGUUCAUGGCGAAAGCACGGAAAUGAAUCGAUUGCGUUUGCAUUUGAUUCGAAAAUUCGAAGAUGAUCCGGAAUGUAAACUGUUGGUUUACACACCCAAAAACACUCAGUCAGUGGAGUUACGGUUUCGUGGUGAGAAAACCGCCAAAGUGGUUGGCCAAUUAGCUGCAGAGAAACCUGUCGAAGGAAAUAUUCUUAGUGGAAUUCUCGUUCGAAGAAACUUCAAGUUACAUAUGAUGGCACCUGAAGAUCUACAAAAUUUCACGACUUUGACGCGAUCGACUGUGACACAACAUCUUGGUAUUCCAUUUACUGCAGCACCCAGAUCAUUAGUUCUGAACUUAUCACAAGUGGCUGGUGAAUUAGAACAAGUAGGUGAUAAACAAAAGCCUGGCAUUCGAGUAUUUGGUGCCAUCAAUAUCUUUCUUGAAAACAAAAUGAUCGUUCUCGAAGUAAAUUCUCGAUUGAAUGUUGUCUUGUCAUAUUUGAUCUGA